AUAGACACGGAACAGGGAGAAGGAGAGCAUAGCGGGCAUUCAUAGGAAGCCCGUGUGUCCUUCACAAGUUACUCGCACAAUUUUGUACAUUUUGGAGCUUGCUGUCAUUUAUCUGUUCGCUUUGCUGGAAGAAUUACAUGCAAAAUGGCACAACCGGACCACAGCAAGAAGAUAUUUUUCGAGAAUCUCUCCGGAGCAGGGAAAGCCAUCGCUGUACUGACCAGCGGUGGUGAUGCGCAAGGGAUGAACGCUGCAGUGCGAGCGGUGGUCCGGAUGGGUUUAUAUGUGGGAGCCAAAGUGUAUUUUAUUCAUGAGGGCUAUCAGGGCAUGGUGGACGGAGGGGACAACAUAAAGGAGGCCACAUGGGAGAGCGUCUCCAGCAUGCUGCAAAUCGGGGGCACUGUGAUCGGUAGCGCUCGGUGCAAAGAGUUCCGCUCACACGAGGGACGCCUGAAGGCAGCACACAACCUGGUCCAGCGAGGCAUCACAAACUUGUGCGUGAUCGGCGGAGAUGGAAGUUUGACCGGAGCUAACCUUUUCCGAGAGGAGUGGAGUGGACUGCUGACGGAGCUGGUGGAACAGGGUGUGAUUGAGGCAGAGUCGGUUCAGAAAUACUCAGCUCUGCACAUCGUGGGGAUGGUCGGCUCCAUUGAUAACGACUUCUGUGGCACUGACAUGACCAUCGGUACCGACUCAGCUCUGCAUAGGAUCAUAGAAGUGGUAGACGCCAUUAUGACAACAGCACAGAGUCACCAGAGGACUUUUGUGUUGGAGGUCAUGGGCAGACACUGUGGGUACUUGGCCUUGGUGAGUGCUCUGGCGUGUGGAGCAGAUUGGGUGCUGAUUCCAGAGAUGCCUCCUGAAGACGGCUGGGAGGAAAAGAUGUGUCAAAAACUGUCUGCGAACCGAGCAGGCCUGAAAAGACUCAAUAUCAUUAUAAUAGCAGAGGGUGCGAUUGAUCAAAACAACCGACCCAUAACUACUGACUAUGUGAAGGAUCUUGUUGUUAAGAACUUGGGUUUUGACACAAGAGUUACAAUCUUAGGACAUGUGCAAAGAGGAGGGACGCCGUCUGCUUUCGACCGAAUCCUGGCCAGUCGAAUGGGCGUGGAGGCGGUUCUUGCCCUGCUGGAAACCACAGCCAACACUCCGGCCUGCGUGGUGUCUCUGUCAGGGAACCAGUCUGUGCGGCUGCCCCUCAUGGAGUGUGUGCAGAUGACUCAAGAGGUGCAGAAGGCGAUGGAUGAGAAACGAUUUGAGGACGCAGUGAAGCUUCGAGGCAGGAGUUUUGAGAACAACUUGAGGACGUACAAACUGCUGGCUCAUCGUAAACACGAGUCGGAGCUGCCGGUGAGUAACUUUAACGUGGCGGUGCUGAACGUGGGCGCUCCCGCGGCCGGCAUGAACGCAGCUGUGCGCUCCGCCGUCAGGGUGGGCAUCUCCGAGGGGCACAAGAUGUUUGCCGUCAGUGAUGGAUUUGAAGGAUUCAGCAAGGGACAGAUUAAAGAGAUUAAGUGGGCAGAUGUUGGAGGAUGGACAGGUCAAGGUGGAUCAUUACUGGGAACGAAAAGAACACUCCCUGCAAAACUCAUCGAAAAAAUUGCAGAACAAAUGAGAAAGCACAGUAUCAAUGCUCUGCUCGUUAUCGGUGGAUUUGAGGCCUUGCUGUCCCUGUUGGAGUUACAAUCGGCACGCGGCAGAUAUGAGGAAUUCUGUGUUCCUAUGGUUAUGGUCCCUGCCACUGUGUCCAACAAUGUACCGGGGUCAGACCUCAGCAUUGGGGCAGACACGGCGCUGAACGCCAUCACGACUGCCCUAGAGUGUCUACUGCAGCUGUACGAUGCGAGAGGGGCGUUUGAGGACUUUUGCGUCCCCAUGUGUAUGAUACCCGCCACCAUAAGUAACAAUGUCCCAGGCACUGAUCUGAGCAUUGGGGCAGACACGGCCCUCAAUGCCAUCGUGGAGACCUGUGACCGCAUCAAGCAGUCUGCGAGUGGGACCAAACGGCGCGUCUUCAUCAUCGAGACCAUGGGGGGGUACUGCGGUUAUCUGGCCAGUGUGGGGGGCCUGGCUUCUGGAGCGGACGCAGCUUACAUCUAUGAAGAACCAUUUGACAUCAAAGACCUACAGGCAAAUGUGGAGCACUUGACAGAGAAAAUGAAGACCAGCAUCCAGAGAGGACUGGUUCUUAGGAAUGAGAACUCCAACGACAACUACACCACAGACUUUAUCUACCAGUUGUACAGUGAAGAGGGCAAAGGAGUGUUUGACUGCAGGAAGAAUGUACUGGGACACAUGCAGCAGGGUGGAGCACCGUCUCCUUUUGAUCGCAAUUUUGGCACAAAGAUUUCGGCUAAGGCCAUGCAGUGGAUCACUAACAAACUCCAGGAGACGUUCAGACAAGGCCGUGUCUUCGCUAACACAGAGGACUCCUGCUGUUUACUGGGCAUGCGACGCCGGGCUCUGGUCUUCCAGCCAGUCGUGGAGCUGAAGGACGCGACUGACUUUGUUCACCGUAUCCCAAAGGAGCAGUGGUGGCUGAAACUGCGCCCCCUAAUGAAGAUUUUGGCCAAGUACAAGACCAGCUACGAUGUGUCCGACUCGGGACAACUAGAGCACGUCGUGGGGAGCCGUCCCAAAGAGCUGGAUGCCGCGGCGGCGAUGUAGACCCCUCUAGAACAUACUACAUGCAUAACUACUGCUGCGUACGGUGGCCUGUGAAGUCCAAUUAUUAUGUAUGUGUGAGAUAGCAGCUCCUUGAGGCAUCUUGUGAACACUUCUCUCCCGUCUAUGUCUCAGACUCAGAGUCUUUAGCCUUCUGCCGUGAACCUACAUUUCAAAUACGACUGCACAAUGUAGAUAUUGAACUUGACAAUAAUUUAACAUAUUGAUACUUUGCAGCAACAUUACAAUGGGGGUGUUCUACAUGUAUGUCUAUGGUGGAAUGUUCUUCAGUUACCAUGGUGACACAAUGCACACAUUAGCAAACACAGCCAAAAAAGUUUUAAGAUUGUCUGAAAACUCAAGAAAAAAUACAAAAUAGAUUUAAACAACAUGUUUUGUUCCUGUUUAGGUGUUUGAUUUUCAACACAAAAGGUCAGAGUGACUAACUGGAAAAAAAAACUGUUGGCUAAUGCUAGCUAGCUUGUCAUUGUAAUGCUUUUCAAAAGGUACUUGUUUAACAACACAAAAUGAGCUCACCUGUUGUAGUUCUAGCUAAGACAGUUCUUCAUGGUCAGAUUGUGUUAAAUUAACUCUUAAACUUAAAGUCUAGCAAAGCCCCAGACAGAGCAGUGCCUACGGUUAGCAUCACACUCCCAGGGAAUGUUAAUGACAUCAGCUGCAUCAGUAUCAAUUAAUAUAACAAUAACAAAACAUUUCUGUAACUCAUACGGAUGUUACCAGGUUUAAGACGAGACUUAAGGACCCCAAAACAAAUGGAACUGAUCAAUUUAAUUUGGUCACAAAAUAUUUCAAAUUUCCACUGAGGAAAAUGAUUCUGCCUAAACCUCUGUAAGAAAACGACACAAUUGUUGCUAUUUUUUACUUGCAUAAUUUCAUCUAAUUUAUUACAACGGUUGCUAUAUAUCCUUAAACGCAUAAAUACAUUAUUUUGUUUUACUUUUUUUUUGUAUUACUUUAACUUAAUAAUACUGGAAAAUGUGGGCUAAAUUAUUAAUUAAACUUGUCCACGUUAAGACAAACAAAACCAGUCCAGUAAUUACACCUUAACCACAGUUAAUUAUAAUUACAUUUAUAUUGAUCAAAUGAACAAACCAGCAAUACAAGACAAUGAAACUUGGAAAGCUUUGUGAAAUAUAUAUAUUUUGAAACUGAUUAUAUACGAUUAGUUGAAAUGCUGUGUUUGUAUCAGAGGUGGGUACGAUGAACAUAAUCUGGUAUUUUCAAAGGAUAGACGCAAAAAUUUGAAAAAACUAAGUCAAACCUGAAGGAGCACUGCAAGAAACACAAAUGUUCAAAUCAUUUCAUAUUGUUUUGUCACUUGUGGUUCCUCGUCCCACUGUGAGUAAAUCUACAAGUUAAUACUGUUACUUCAAUAAAAAAUAUUACUUGAAUAGGAGUAAAAGUAUGGUGCUAGGAAAGUACUGUGAAAAGUACAGUUUCUUCUAAAAGUAACUCAAGUAAAUGUAAAUGUAAGUACUACCCACCUCUGGUACGUACAGCUUAAAAGUUGAGCCACUGUAAACUUAUCUGUUGAACUGUACCCAGGUGUAACAGUCACAUAUUGUGCAGUCCUAUUUCCAAACCACUCUAUCUACACUUUUGUGUGUCUUGUUUAGUGUCACUGAAUGAAACUUGCACUUUCCUCUGUCUCCAGCAGCUUAGGGCUUUGUGAAGACAGAAUUUUAGGCGACAACCAUAUAAAUAUAUUUUUUUUGUUGUAAAAUCCAGUCAGUAUAUCUGCCUAGGACCAGCGAGCAGUUUACCAUAUUUAUGACUGAUGCAAUACAUUUCUGCUGCUGCAAGACCAGUGUGCGUGUGUGUGCUUUUCACCGAGAAAACUAAUAUUUAUCUUUUUAACAUUGUAUUUUAUUUUUGCUCGUAAAACAUAUGAAUAUAUAUAUUGAUAAUAAGUGUAGGCACUGCUGUAUUAAGUAGCUGUCUGUCUUAACGCGCAAGAUUAGAUGUUAAAGAAAUGUUUCCCACUGAAUAAAUUAUUCAAGUGU